AUGGGGGAAGAGAACAGCAGGACCUUGAACGUGCCUGCGAAGGAAACGCAACCCCAACCUGUUGCUGAGGCCGAGGUCACAGCUAUUGCGGACUUCAAAUCACCGAUUCCAUCCACAAUCCCAACGCCGAAGCUACCACUACCAAGCUUGCCCUCCUCAAGCUCGGGCACCAACGCGACAAUGGCGAAAAAGGACUUGUCAGAUGUCACGACGCGCGAUUGGAACACAUCAAAGCUUGGGUUGCGUGUUGGUGUCGAUGCCAUGUCAGCAUGUGCUGCUGGAACACUUGUCGCGCCCAUCAUCACCAUGAUAGACAAGGGCAUCAUCGAGAACGCAAGUGGACGAAAUACCUUGGGCGAGAGCCUGAAGAAGAGCGCCCAACAGCUGCUGCUGAAACCCCACCGCUUCAUAUCUUCGAAGCCAUUCGUUCUCAUCUUCUCCCUCUACUUCGGGACCUACUUCACCGCAAACACCAUCGACACCGUAUCCUCUACUCUCCACUCCACCCCGCCCUCCUCCACCACCGCCGGCACACCCAAAUUCCUCGCAACCAGCACCGCCAACCUUGCGCUCUGCCUCUACAAAGAUAAUAAAUUCACUCAGCUCUUCGGCUCCACAGGCCCUUCCCGCGCCGUACCCCUCCCUACAUUCGCCCUCUUCACAAUUCGCGACUGCAUGACCAUCUUCGCCUCGUUCAAUCUGCCUCCGCUGCUCGCGCCCUCGUUCGAAGCACACAUGAGCGAGGGCGUGCAGAAGUACAUGUCGAGCGCGAGCGCGGCGCAGUUUGUCACGCCUGCGGCGGUGCAGCUGGGGGGAGAGGGUGGGAAGGGUUCUGAGGGAUUGGGCGAAGAGUAG